AGAAAAAAAAAAAAUCUGGCAGCUGCCGAGCAACAGCUUCUGCCGCCUCGUUUUCACCGCUUUUGUUUUCAUCGCAUUUGAACUUUUCUCUCUCCCUCUCCCUCCCUCUCUCCCCCUCUCUCGUCGUCUUGUUGCCUAGCUUUUUCCUCGCCCAGCUCCAGACUGUUUCUCGGUUUAUCAUUAGCUUGUAUUUCAUUGCGUCCUUCUAGAAAGAAUCGACCCGAGUACGAGUACAAGAAAACAAGCGAGAGUAUAAAAGAAACGAGCGUAGCGACUAAUUCAUUCGCUCACAAUGGCUGGAGUCCAGCCCGUCGCCCUCUAUGCAUUGCAGGUGCCGCCCGGUGGUAUUUUGGUGCCUGCUUUGCCUGAAGAAGCAGCUGCCAUGUUCCGUGUAAGCAUGGCUGCCAUCGACCCCGAUGCCACCCCUGAAUUUGAAGAUGAUGCCGAUACAAACAAGCCCCCGCGUGCUACUCUCAAAAUUGUGCGCAUUCCCGGGGACUUGGGUGAGGAUUCUGAUGAUGAGUCGGAUGACGAGGACUACACCGACGAAGAAGACAGUGAAGAGGACUCUGAUGAUGAGGAAAUAAAUGGCGGACCUAGCGACAAAGAAAAGGCCAAGAAACUCAAGGAAAAGGCCACUUUGAAGGAACUUGAAGAGGCCAUGGAGACGGAUGAUUCAGACGACCCGGAGAGCCUCAAAUCAAUCAUCUCCAAACUCGUCAAGGGAAAGGCCCCUGCUACCGGUGAGGAAGAUGAGGAGGAGGAUGACGAAGAUGAAGAAGGCCUCGAGCUAGAGGAAGUCGUCGUUUGCACUCUGGAUACUGAGAAGCAAUAUCAGCAACCCCUCGACAUCACUGUUUCCGAGAAUGAACGAAUUUUCUUCAAGGUGACUGGUACCCAUACCGUCUUCCUGACCGGCAACUACGUGAUCCCAACCGAUGAAGGACGUCAGUUUUUUGAUGACGAAGACUUGGAUGACGAAGAUAGUGAUGAAUACGACCUUUCGCCUGAUGAAGAAGAUUUGGAGGACUUUGAUAUCAAUGCGCUGAUGGACAAUGAUGACAUGAGUGACGACCUGGAUGAUCUUGAUGAUCCCCGCAUUACUGAGGUUGAUUCUGAGAACGAGGCCCCCAAGCUUGUCUCCACCAAGGGCAAGAACAAGCGCGCCGCUGAGGACGACGCUGCCCUAGAUGAACUCAUUGCUAAGGAUUCUAAAAACCAAACCACUGUGAAUGGCGAUGCUACCCUGAGCAAGAAGCAACAGAAGAAGCUGAAAAAAAACAACGGUGAAGCCGCCCCGGCCGAGAUCAAGAAGGAUACAAAGGAAUCUACACCCGCUAAGACGGAUAAGAAGGUCCAGUUUGCGAAGAACUUGGAACAGGGCCCAACCGGUUCUACCCAAGACAAGAAGCCUGCUGAGACUACCACAGGCACUUUGGGUGUGAAGGAGGUCCAAGGCGUCAAGAUUGACGACAAGAAGCUUGGAAAGGGACCUGCUGCUAAGAAUGGAAACACUGUUGCGAUGCGCUACAUCGGAAAGUUUGAAGACGGAAAGGUGUUUGACUCCAACAAAAAAGGCAAGCCUUUCUCAUUCAAGAUCGGCAAAGGCGAGGUUAUCAAAGGCUGGGAUAUCGGCAUUGCCGGUAUGGCUGCGGGUGGUGAGCGACGCAUCGUAAUCCCACCCCAUCUUGGCUAUGGAAAAAAGGGCGUUCCAGGUAUUCCAGGAAAUUCGAAGCUAGUGUUCGACGUCAAACUACUGGAGAUCAAAUAAAUCAGUUAUUUUCUCAUCCUGUCAUAGACGAAUCUACGCUCCAGCUCCCAUACCUUCAUUACCAUUCUCCAUUCGCGACUGGAGAGACAGCUAUCUUCUCAAUUUCUGUCGUCCAGAUAUCCGACUUGUUUCCGUUUUUACCAUUAUAUCGCAUUUGGCAAGGAUGAGGAUGUCGCCCACGGAGUUUGUUUGGUUUUCCUGUGUAUUUACUGAUUCCUAUGUCUUGUUUCUCAAAAGUUUCCAUGUACUUGUUUUAUUUCCCUAUGCCAGUGAGUUUCUCUGGCCUGUAUGAUAUGGUGAAAUUCAUCACAGUACCCACAUACUAUAUAGAAAUCCGAUCGCCAUUUCCAUUCCA